AACUACAUUAAGAGCAUUAUAAAAAAAUUAGUUUUAAAUACAUUGCGAAUUGUCCAAGACAGGGCUGUUCCCCAUCGGUGGCAGGUGGCAACGCUGUUGCACAGCCCAAUAGUUGGCAACGCGGCAACCAAACAAUUUAUAAUCAGAAAAAAAACCUUAAAAACGCUUUGGACUCCUUGGCGGUGCUGGUGGAUUCAAUUGACCAUGACCAGUCCUACUGCAUCGGAUCCCCAAGCGGAAGAACAGCCGGCAGAUGAGGAAGCUUUGGCCACUGAGACACUGCCAGACGCUGCGCCCACUCCCUCAACGAAUGGCGACGGCGGGAACGGAUUGGGCGCAGAGGAGGAAAACGAUGCCACCUCUCUUGACCGGGACGACUCCGCCAGCCUGUUUAGCAAUACGACAACGACCACCAGGAGCAAGUCUCCGAAUACGCGCAAGCUGAACCGUCUGUGCCGUCGCGUCAAGGCACCAAAAAUGGUUCCACCGCUGUACAAGUACAGCUCCCACGUGAGGGAGGACCACAAUCACCAGAUCUUUGGUGUCCAGUUCAAUCCAUUCCUAGAAAGGGGCCAGCCGCAGGUCUUUGCCACCGUGGGCAAGGAUCGGGUGUCGAUCUACGAGUGCGUCAAGAGGAACGAGGAGGAAAACACCAACGGUGGCCUGCGCCUCUUGCAGGUCUAUGCUGAUCCCGAUACCGAUGAAAGCUUCUAUACGUGCGCCUGGUCGUAUGACACCAUCUCUGGCGACCCAGUGCUAGCCGCUGCUGGCUAUCGCGGAGUCAUACGCAUCUUCAAUCCCAUAAAGCAUCAAUGCAGCAAGAACUACAUAGGGCAUGGCCAUGCCAUCAAUGAGCUGAAGUUCCAUCCGAUUCGGCCGCAGCUUCUGCUGUCCGGCAGCAAGGAUCACUCGCUUCGUCUGUGGAACAUUCAGUCGGACGUUUGUGUGGCAGUGUUUGGCGGCGUUGAGGGCCACCGCGACGAGGUGCUCUCGAUUGAUUUUGAUCUGCGCGGGGAUCGGAUCAUGUCCAGCGGCAUGGACCACUCGCUGAAGCUGUGGCGCCUGGACAAGCCCGACAUCAAGGAAGCUAUCGAGCUGAGCUCAGAUUUCAUUCCCGGCAAGACGACAGCUCCAUUCCCGACCAUCAAGGAGCACUUUCCUGACUUUUCCACGCGCGACAUCCAUCGAAAUUAUGUGGACUGCGUCCAGUGGUUCGGCGACUUUGUCUUCUCCAAGUCCUGUGAGAACUCUAUUGUCUGCUGGAAACCCGGCAAGCUGUCGGUCCCCUGGGACGAAAUCAAACCGCAGGAGUCCGCCACCACAGUCCUCCAUCACUUUGACUACAAAAUGUGCGAGAUUUGGUUCGUGCGCUUCGCCUUCAACUCGUGGCAGAAGGUUCUGGCCCUGGGCAACCAGCUUGGUACCACGUUCGUUUGGGAGCUCGACUGCAACGAUCCGAACUUGACCAAGUGCAGCCAGCUGGUACAUCCGAAGAGCAACUCGACCAUUCGACAGACAUCCUUCUCCAAGGACGGAUCCAUUUUGAUUUGUGUCUGUGACGACAGCACUGUCUGGCGCUGGGAUCGGGGAAAUUAGUUCUUGUAGCAUUUAUUUAUUUAUCUAUACAUAACUUAUUUUAUUUAAAAAUAUACACAUACAUAUGUAUUACAUAUA